AUGCGUUCUUUUUUUAGUUCGAUUCAGGACGUGGAUCCGGAGGAGCCGGCGCCGGUGAUAACGAGUUGGUACGAGAAGACACAUGAGUCGUUGCCGGAGGGCGCGGUGAUGAUGCAGUCUUCGACUUCGCCCACCUCCCCGUUGCCCACGCUACUGUACAAACGAGGUGCUUGGCCGGCGGCGGAUCUUCUGUUUCUUGGUUCGGAUACGCCGUGUACAACUAUGGGUGAAGAUGAAGGCAAGUGCCUGCGUAGAGGGGUAGCAAACGUGGCCACGGCUGACGGUGAGGACGAGGAAGUCAGCACGCCUCUCUCCAAAGAUACAUCCGGUUCCGUGUUCACGCGAGCCAAGUCUCUUGCCCGCUUCGAAAGUUCCGCAGACGUUGACAAGCUUGAAACCGAACUUAUUAAGUCGUUUGGGGACAAUAGUCCUCAGGAUAUUCGAAAGAUCUCGGCUCAUUACAAGCAUCGAAGGGACUUCCGCGCGCGAUAUCCGAUUUUUACGAACUCUCCGAUGCUGCCGAUCAAGUGUUUUGACGAGGAUGGUAACGUGUUGUCGAGAGUGUUCAGUAGUUGUCGGAUCGAUGAUCGAUCAAACAUUGCGUUGGUGGCUAUAAACUUUGGUGAAGUAGCGUUGAAGCAUGUGGAGACGCAGAUAAGUUUCUUGGCCAGGUUGAUUUCUAGUCGACAUCCAUCGAGUGGAGCAUUGAUUGAGUGUUGGGACUUAUUCGCAUGUGAGAAGGGUGGUUAUUAUAAGACGAGUUAUAUGGAGAGGUUAUUAGAUACGGGUGAUACAGAUUUGCUGGCGGCUAACAAAAUAAGUCUGAUGACGUUACCUGAGCUGCUAUCGCACCCGCAUACACUGGCGGCUGGUAGUUAUCAGACCGGUGGUCUUGGUUUCAAGUUGCUAGACAGCUAUGGUAGCGACCAGCAGAUGAGUUUGGCACUCUACCUUUGUUCGUUAAGACGGUUGCAGUACCUGGCUGAGAAGGCUAAAAAUGCCACGGACAAGACCUGCCCGAAACUACGACUGGCCGUGCAGAGCAACUACAUAGUACAGUCUCUGACGACCACAACACGAGCAACGAACACGAACGAUCUGGCGAGUGUGUUAACAGAAAUCGCACGCGCAUCGGUGUGGCAGAAAGACCUCGAAUUGCAAGCCGUCGAGCGCACACUGCCAGAGCUGCUAUCGGAAGUCGGCUUUAUGUCGCUUGAUAAAACGCUGACUACUCGCUUCUUUGGAAAAUUACACACGAUCCUCAACGGUCUCGACCAACAUGGUCUCAACGUAAAGUCGGUUACGGAAACGUGUUCGGAGCUACAAAGUUCUGGUCGAGAGAGCGAGACCGCUACCAGUCUGAAGAAGUUGUGUGAGGAGUUGCUGGCGUUGGAACAAUUGGGUCCGAUCGUGUUCAUAACAUCGGAGUUGGGCAAAUGGUCGACGGUGGGUGGUCUGGGUGUUAUGGUGGACGAGUUGAGUUCGACGCUGUGCAACGAGCUGGGUUAUGACUGCUGGGUAAUGUGCCCGUACUACCACGUUAACCGACGCGGUGAGACGGACUAUAUGCGGGGAGAUGGGGUGGAAUGGCGGUUCAACAUCGACGUACAGAUCGGACCGGACCAAGUCACGUUUGGAGUCCAUACUGGUACCGUCCGAGGGGUGAAGCUGGUGUUCUUGCAUAACCAGGAGAUCUGGCAUCACCCAUACCCCGAUACAGCAGCGGCUGAGGGUGUGAAAUUGCUGACGGCUUUCGGCAAGGCGUUUUUGGAGGCACUUUGUCAACUGCAGGUGAUCCCGCAAGUGUUGGUCACCAAUGACUGGGCUACAGGGUUAAUCCCUGCAUAUGCUAAACGGGGAUUCUUCGGAGAGGUGUUUAGCUCUACUACCUUCUUCCACAUUGUACAUAACUUCGACCCGGCUUACGAAGGCCGUAUCUACCCCCCCACAGGCCAAGAUUUCGGUUGGAUCCACCAACUGCCACGAGAUGAUCUGAUCGACCCGCUUUGGGCCACACCGAUUAUAAAUCCAUCCCGAUGUGUGUUGCUACAUAGUGACCAAUGGGGUACAGUUUCUCCGUCUUAUCGUGACGACCUGAUGGGUAAAUUUGGCGGCCAGGCGAGUCCGCUGGCCUAUUUGCUGAAUCGUUUCCCGCAGCCGUUUGCAAUCACAAACGGAGUGCCAGUAGCGCAGCGACAAGCACGCAUUAACGCACUUGCUUUCCGCGGUCACGAUGCAUGUAAGGCGGAACUGCAGCGUGUGUACUUCAGCUUCGAGAAGCCGGAUCUGGCCAUCCCAAUGUUCGCUUUCAUUGGGCGAGUCACGACACAGAAGGGCGUUCACCUAAUUUUGGAGGCGGCGGAGUCGAUGAUAACGCGUUAUAAUAAUCGCGUCCAAAUCCUGGUGGGUGGUCCGGUGACAUGGAAGGACCCUUACAGCGCUCGUUGCGGUCAUUUGAUGAACCAUUUGAAGAGUAAAUACCCAUGGAGUUUCUACGCUGCACCAAAUGAGUUUUUCACAGACGGCACCCUUGUGAAUGUGGGCGCCGACUUUGGCCUGAUGCCGUCACUGUUUGAGCCUGGUGGUAUCGUGCAGCAAGAAUUCUUCAUUGCGGGCACGCCUGUGAUCGCCUACCGCACGGGUGGAUUGAAGGAUACGGUUCAUGAAUACGACGUGGAGAAGGAAACAGGUAACGGAUUUAAUUUCUCAGCCUACAACCUCGGAGACUUUGUCUACGCCUGGGAACGAGCUAUGCGUGUGUACACGGACCGUGCCAAAUACGCUACACUUCGAGCUAACGCUGCUGCUUCCGUCUUUAGCUGCGAACAAUGCGCAACCGGCUGGAUGACCGAAUUUUGCAGACUACGUAGCAAGGUACUUAUUAACCCAAAAGUAGUAGCUCAGGUUGCCAACACUCUCGCUCCUUAUGAUCCCGGAAAUCUCAGCGCCGUCCCAGUCUCUAAGAUCGUGGCCCAAAUGAAGGCUGCCAGGGCUGCCACGAACAUUAACACAAGAACAUAUGUUGAAAUCGUUCAAUUCAGACUCUAUCCUCCUAACGCAAGAAAUGUAAGAUCUGUCGCCGUCUCCGGAUCCUUUGACCAAUGGAAUCUACGCAGACCUCUAUCCUGGGAUAACUCCCUCGGUUGCUUCCGUCUGGAAAUAGCACUACCACCAGGUACUCACCUCUUUAAAUUCAUUGUUGAUGGUGUCUGGAUGAGUAGCGACUACCAUCAAAAGUCACUAGACGAUAGAGGAAACGAAAACAAUAUACUAGUCGUGAAACCACCACUAACCAACCAACCCACAGUAACCAACCAGCCCACAGUAACCAACCAGUGA